AUGAAGGCCUGCAAGGACCUGGAAGUACUUCGACUGUUAGGCCUGUAUGUGCCAAAGCGCAAAUUGUGCCUCCACUUGCCGGAACCACGACUGAGGGUUCUGUCGCCAGAAAGUCCACCUUCCAACAAGCAUGCCAAGGUUGCUUUUUUGCAGAAGGUUGCUGGACAUCUUGAACGGAUUGGAACCGAAAAAGACAAAGAGAGGAUACGAACGCUCUUUGGAGGACAGCUUGGAUUUGAUGUUGUUGUGCAUGAUGACCUCGAAGAGGAGGCGGUGCUCAAAACGCUUAAAAACUUGGCUGACGAGGAUCACUCAAGUUCAUACUGCCUCUCCUUGUUCCUGUUGAGCCAUGGGGAUGAUGAUGUCAUAACCUGCUCAGACGGCAAAGUAAUUCAACUGUCCAAAGUGUAUUCUAUGUUCGACCCAGAGACCUGUAAAGGACUGGCUGCUAAACCUAAAUUGUUUUUCGUUCAGGCUUGCCGCGGUGAUGAGAAGGACACUGGGUUCCUACAUGACGGUCCAACUCAUACUGCAGCGUGGAGCUUCAAAAGAACGCUUCCCAAAUAUGCUGAUUUCUUUGUCUUCUACGCCUCAAGCCCAGGUGUGCCCGCGUACAGAGACAAAGAUUACGGAUCAGUCUUCAUUCAGACGCUCUGUGAUGUCCUGGAGAGAAAUUUCCACCACAGGGAUUUCUUGACCAUGAUGACGCUUGUCAAGCUUCAUGUGGCAAAGCGAGAUAUUUCCUUCGACAAGCAAAGUGUCAAACAGAUGCCGAACACAAAUUCUACGCUGAGGAAGAAUUUACGCUUUGCGGGCCAGAUGAAGCCCUCCUUCAAGCCCACAGGCGAAGUUGCCCUGCAGUGGCUACGACAGCAGCCCACGUCUACGCCAAAGGCAUCAAGGUGUUGCCACAGCGAUGGAAGCAGUGUCUAG